UGCAUACAAUUCAUCAAAUCUGCCUCAAGGUUACACCAAAGACUCUUUGCAGCGACUCAUCUCUCAAUCAGUCACCCUUGAUAUACUCAUCAGUCUAUAAAACCUCAACUCGAGUUCAUUAUCUCCUUUACAACUCUCCAUCUCCAAACACAAGCUUGCAACUCUACCUAACACAUCACCACCAUGAAGUUGACAGCCGCAACCACUCUUCUCCUCGCGACUGUCGCGCUCGCCAGCCCAGCACCUGUCGCCAACCCAGACGCGGUAGCUGAACCCUUACUCAUCGAAUCUCGCAAACAAUUCCGCGAAGCGCUUGCUGCACGCAGCGUCCUAGCUAUGCCAGAAGUUCAGCUCGAAGAACGAGCAAGCAGCGGCGGCAAAGGAGGCAAGGGCGGAAAGGGCGGUUCUGGAGGCAACAACACCGAAAACGCGGCAUCCGACAUGCUCUCACCAAGUCGCGUCCUGCAGAUCACCGCUCUCAGUCUGGGUGUUGUGGAGAUUGUCAGGCUGUGGGGUUAGAUGUCAUGGCGGAUGGUGGAUUUAUAUGGAGUGAGAGGAAGGUGACUAUCUGUAUAUUGGGAGGAGGAAAGCGGGGUUUGAUGCGGUUACGACACUUUACUGAGCGAUGGAGUUAUGUUUGUAUGUUAUUGUAUGAUAUUGGAGUUCGAUACCACGGCAUUAGGACAUCAAUAUGGAGGUUCACAACACCA